AUGUCGGAUUCAAAGCAUGAUGGUUACUCGGAAAUUAUUAACGAAGAAGAGCAUGAUGCUUUUCUCGAUAAUAGUUUCCGAGGCCGUGCAAAGACAAAAGGUCUAGCCAUAGAGUCUUGGAUACUGUAUGCCUCUUUAUCUUUUAUAUUACUCUUCGUCGGAGGUGUAAUUGGCUACAAUUUAAGACCGUCUACAGCUGGUAGUGGCCUCGCGUUUGCGGACACGUCCCAGCUCAACAUCUACAAUGGCGUUGAUUUCCCGCCCUUUGAACAACGUUUUAAUGGCUCAUUGUUCAAGAGAAGCCCAUACAGCGGUCCUCCCACCCCUGAGAUGGACAAGACUUGGGGCCGUUAUACGGAAAUGGGAAGCAAUGAUGCGCGAGCAUCGACAAGCUAUUCGCUUGAGACGGCUGUUCAUCUAGAGGAAACGCAGAAUAUUGGUUACAUGGCGAGCCUUGGUCUCUUUCACCAAAUUCACUGUCUGAACAUGCUCCGAAAGUUCAUCUACCUCGACUAUUACAAAGAAAAGACCCCUGAUUGGUUCUCGCAGCCAUAUCUACGAGCACAUGCAGAUCACUGCGUCGAUAUGAUUCGCGAAGCUAUCAUGUGCCACGGAGAUACAAGUCUAAUUGUCUAUCAUUGGAUCGACGGCUACAAGGAUCCAGUUCCCGAUUUCAGCACCAUGCACACCUGUCGUAACCCGGAGGCCAUUCUGUCUUGGAUGCAAAAGAACCAAAUAAUUCUCAGCAAAGCAGUGUACAAACAUGGAGAGAAAGAUCUGCCAGAGAUUUUCUGA